CCCCUCUCGCCUGCUUUCUUUCGUGUCGCCCUUUGGUGUACUUGGUUAAUAUCUUGCUACGAAAGCCCUGCUAUAAUGGCUUCAGAAGUGGCCAGCGUCCCUGCGCCGGUGCCCGUGGAGGUCCCCGACGCCGCUGAGCGGAGGCCCUUCUCUGACCUCGAGCUCUCGGAACACACUAUGCGAGCCCUUGAGGAGAUGGGCUUCAAGACCAUGACUGCCAUCCAAGAAAAAGCCAUUCCACCAUUACUCGCCGGCAAGGAUGUCCUGGGAGCGGCUAGGACAGGGUCGGGAAAGACACUUGCGUUCCUCAUUCCUGCGAUCGAACUGUUGCACAGGCUGAAGUUCAAGCCCCGUAAUGGUACCGGAAUCAUCAUCAUUUCUCCCACUCGAGAGCUCGCGCUGCAGAUCUUCGGUGUAGCAAAGGAGCUCAUGGUGCACCACUCGCAAACCUACGGUAUUAUCAUGGGCGGUGCGAACAGGAAAGAGGAGGAGAUCAAGCUGCAGAAGGGUGUCAACCUGCUCAUUGCGACUCCUGGUCGUCUCAUUGACCACCUGGAGGGAACGAAGGGCUUCGUGUUCCGUAAUUUGAAGUGCCUCGUUAUCGACGAGGCUGACCGGAUAUUAGAGGUCGGUUUCGAGGAGCAGAUGAAGAAAGUGAUCAACAUCCUCCCUAGUGAGGAGCGACAGUCUAUGCUGUUCUCCGCAACACAAACAACAAAAGUCACCGACCUGGCACGGAUAUCACUACGACCUGGGCCCCUCUAUGUCGACGUCGACAAACAGGAGCUGACGAGCACUGUGUCCACCCUCUCCCAGGGCUACGUCGUCUGCCCUUCGGAUCGACGGUUCCUCCUCCUGUUUACCUUCCUCAAGAAAAACAUGAAGAAGAAGAUGGUUGUCUUCUUCUCAAGUUGUAAUUCUGUAAAAUACCACGCUGAGCUCCUCAACUACAUCGAUGUCCCCGUCCUCGACCUUCACGGCAAGCAAAAGCAGCAAAAACGGACAACCACUUUCUUCGAGUUCUGCAAUGCGGAGACAGGGACGCUCCUCUGCACAGACGUCGCGGCGCGUGGCUUGGACAUCCCACGAGUGGACUGGAUCAUCCAGUAUGACCCCCCAGACGACCCUCGCGACUACAUCCACCGAGUCGGCCGAACGGCGCGUGCGGGCAAGGUGGGGAAGAGUUUAAUGUUCCUGCUGCCCAGCGAGCUCGGAUUCCUGCGGUACCUGAAGGAGGCGAAGGUGCCUUUGAACGAGUUCACCUUCCCUGCGAACAAAAUCGCGAAUGUCCAAUCCCAGCUGGAGAAGCUGCUGCAGAAGAACUACUUCCUGCACCAGUCCGCGCGCGACGGAUACCGGUCGUAUCUCCAGGCGUACGCGUCGUAUUCGCUCAAGAAGAUCUUCGACGUCAACCAACUCGACCUCGCAAAGGUCGGGAAGGCGUUCGGGUUCUCCGUGCCCCCGCGCGUGAACGUGAACAUCGGCGGUGGCAAGGGCGGCACGGGGCGAAGCGGCAUCAAGCGGAAACACGGGGACGGCGAGUCGGACGACGAGAAGUGGGAAGAGAUCGACGCGGUCGAUAAGGAGUCGGGGGACGAGGACGCGGCGGACCAGGAGCAGAACCGGCGGCAGGCGUGGGGCGAGCAGUCCAAGGGGCGGCGGACGGAGGCGCUUGGCUGGAAGAAGACGGAGAAGGAGGUGUACAAGAAGGGCCAGGAGCGGAAACGGAUGAAGGCACAGGGCACGCAGUGGAGUGGCUAG